AUGGCGUCUGGUAUUCCAUACACCCCAAAGCCUUCGACGGACAUCUUCACCCCCUACCAGACCGAUAUCGACCGGAGACAAUGCAAAAGAAUAGUGCCCAUGAAAGUUUUGGCACUUGGGCUGGGUAGGACAGGCACAGCAUCUCUUCGAGUAGCCUUGAAAGAGUUGGGCUAUACCGACACAUAUCAUAUGAUGUCUGCCAGCGUCGAGAACCCUCCUGAUUGUCUAUGCUGGCAGGAUGCGUUCGCGGCAAAGUUUGAGGGCAAGGGCAAGUUCGGACGUGAAGAAUGGGAUGCGCUAUUCGGACAUUGCCAGGCCAUUUGCGACUGGCCAGCUGUAGCCUUUGCCAAAGAGCUGAUCGAGGCAUACCCUGAGGCCAAGGUCAUCAUUACGACCCGGGACGUGGAUUCGUGGCACAGUUCAGUCAUGAAGACGGUGAACUGGCGAGCAAACGAUCCGGAACUCAAAGCCAUCGCCAACUUCGACUGGGCAGCUGGAUUAUACUAUCCUAUGCUGAGACAAUUUUGGAAAUACUUUUUCUACGACGACUUCGAGAACAAGGGCAAACAGCGAUUCCACGACUACUACCAGGAGAUUCGCGAACUCGUUCCACCUGGACAGCUCCUCGAAUACCGUGUCAGUUCAGGCUGGCGACCUCUUUGCGAAUAUCUGGGGGAGCCAAUACCUCAGAUUCCCUUCCCGCGAUCAAAUGAUACCAACAACUUUGUCCAGAGAUGCAGAACUCAGAAUCGCAAGCAGAUGAUGAAUGUACUGCUACGCGCACUUAUUGUGGGCGUUCCAGUACUGGCGACCGCAUUGUCCGCUUCCUUCGCCUAUUCAAAAUACCUGCCGAAAGUUGCGCUUCCGACGAGCGCCAUCUUUGCAGCUGCGUCGUGA